AUGGCUGUUUUAUGGCUUACCCAGUUUAUGAUUGUUACUCUUAACAUCCUUUUGGGAAUCCUGUUUGUCCUGGCAAACAAAGACUUUUGUGGAAGCGUUUUUGAAACUCAAGUCGACCAUGCCUUGGUGGGUCAUGUUAUCCAGACAAAUGUUGUUGCGGACGAAUUUGAAUGCCAGUUAAAAUGUAUGGGAAAUAACAGCUGUAAGUCUAUCAAUGUUCAUCCCGGUGACAGCAAUGGAAAACGUAGAUGUGAGUUAAAUAAUAAAACACGGCAGAUAAAGCCAGGUCAUUUUAAAAAGAAGAAAGGAUCUACAUACUAUAGCUCUGUUCAGGCUCAGGCCUCCUGCAUGGAUGUUUCUCGUGGGCGAAAACAAACAACUAAAAGCGGCCAGUGUCAUCCAGGAUACAAAGGAAAACAUUGUGAAACAGCUAUACCUGGCUGGUCUUCCCGUCAUCCUGCUUUGUCAUGCAAGCACAUUUUGGAAGCUGGGGACUCUAAAGGAGACGGAGAGUACUGGAUCGACCCUGAGAAAAAUGGAAGUUCCUUAAAAGUAUUUUGUGACAUGACAACUGAUGGAGGAGGCUGGCUCCUAAUCUAUAACGUAAUUGCUGGGGGAACUGUGCCCCCAAGCAAUUUGAAUAUUGAAAACACAUAUGCAGGAGUCAGUCGUUACAGCAGCAAUAGAAUGGUUCUCUCCCCUGACGGUAUGCGAGAGCUGAGAUCCCGCAUAUCUUUCACUCAGCUGAGAUUCCACUGCGGUAAACAGCAACAUGGACGAACGUUUCAUGUCAAAACGGUCGCGAACAGCUCUGGUGAAGCUGUAGCCAGGUUCUUUGCUGGUGAUACCAUCGUUUUUCCCAAAGCCUGUGGCUCAUUUGAGAAACUUAAAGGAGACAACUCAGUCCUUGCAAGUAGAUGCGUAGAAUGGGGGAGGGAAAACGGCGCGUAUCAUGUUGGAAAAUGGGGACAUGAAGGGCAUAAGGAGCUGUAUAUAUACUCAGCAUUCAUUUGGCGUUAUCAUCAUUGGAGCACGUUGCCUGGCAAAAACCGCUGGCAAUGCGAUGACUCGGCGAACGAUCUGUCACGCGGCGACUUUUGGAAUAUUUAUUUCAAGGGAAGUUUUUAUCAGUCAAUGGCUAAUAUGGGUCCGAUUCAGUUGGCCUUUACAAUUCUUAUCAUCUCCUGCCUGAUUUUAUCUGUGAUGGCAAACUCUGACUUAUGCGGACGUGUCUUCGAAACCCAAGUUGAUCAUAUUUUUGUUGGUAAUGUUAUGGAAAAGAGUGUUGUCAAAAACGAAUUUGAAUGCCAGCAAAAAUGUAUUGAGAAUGAAAGCCGCUGUAAAUCGUGUAACGUUUACCUGGAAGAGAACAAUGUUAUUUGUGAGCUGAACAACAAAACUCGACUGAUGAAAGCAGCUGAUUUCAAAAAGAGAAGAGGAUCUACUUACUACGGUUUGGUGCAGAUUUCCUGCAUUAACGUUUUCCACGAUGAGAAAGCAGCGAGAAACUCCGGAAAAUGUCAUCCAGAAUACAAAGGGAAAGGCUGCCUAACACCUGUACCUGGCUGGUCUUCCCGUCAUCCCGCUCUGUCCUGCAAGCACAUUUUGGAAGCUGGAGUCUCAAAAGGAGACGGAGAGUACUGGAUCAACUCUGAGAAAAAUGGAAGUUCUUUAAAAGUAUUUUGUGACAUGACAACUGAUGGAGGAGGCUGGCUCUUGAUCUAUAACGUUAUUGCCGAGGGAACUGUGCCCCCGACCAGCUUGACCAUUGAAAAGACAUAUGCAGGAGUCAGUCGUUACAGCAGCAACAGAAUGGUUCUCUCUCCUGACGGUAUGCGAGAGCUGAGAUCCCGCAUAUCUUUCACUCAGCUGAGAUUCCACUGCCGUAAACAGCAACAUGGACGAACGUUUCAUGUCAAAACGGCCGCGAACAGCUCUGGUGAAGCUGUAGUUGGGUUUUUCGGCGGUGAUACCGAAGUUUUUCCCAAAGCCUGUGGUUCAUUCGAAAAACUGAAGGGAGACAACUCAGUCCUUGCAAGUAGAUGCGCAGAAUGGGGGAGGGAAAACGGCGCGUAUCAUGUUGGAAAAUGGGGACAUGAAGGGCAUAAGGAGCUGUAUAUAUACUCAGCAUUCAUUAAGGAUCACCAUCAUUGGGUCACGUGGCCAGGCCAUGACAGAUGGGAAUGUGAUGACAGUCGGAAAGAUUUGACACGCGGCGACUUUUGGAAGAUCUAUGUCCAUCAUGACUUGGUAGGUCAUGUUAUCCAGACCACUGUUGUUGUGGACGAGUUUGAAUGCCAGUUAAAAUGUAUGGGAAAUAACAGCUGUAAGUCGAUCAAUGUUCAUCGCGGUGACAGCAAUGGAAAACGUAGCUGUGAGUUGAAUAAUAAAACACGGCAAAUGAAGCCAGGUCAUUUUAAAAAGCAGAAAGGAUCUACAUACUAUGGCUCUGUUCAGGCCUCCUGCAUGGAUGUUUCCCGCGGGCGAAAACAAACAACUAAAAGCGGUCAGUGUCAUCCAGGAUACAAAGGAAAACAUUGUGAAACACCUACCAGAGGCUUAUAUUUCAAUCAGCCUGGUCAUUCCUGUAAGGACAUCCGGGACUCAGGUUACUUUUUGAGUACUGGAUCGACUUUAAAAGUAUUUUGUGACAUGACAACUGAUGGAGGAGGCUGGCUCCUAAUCUAUAACGUUAUUGCUGGGGGAACUGUGCCCCCCACCAAUUUGAAUAUUGAAAACACAUAUGCAGGAGUCAGUCGUUACAGCAGCAACAAAAUGGUUCUCUCUCCUGACGGUAUGAGAGAGUUGAGAUCCCGCAUAUCUUUCACUCAGCUGAGAUUCCACUGCCAUAAACAGCAACAUGGACGAACGUUUCAUGUUAAAACGGCAGCGAAAAGCUCUGGUGAGGCUGUAGUCAGGUUCUUUGCCGGUGAUACCGACGUUUUUCCCAAAGCCUGUGGUUCAUUUGAAAAACUCAAGGGAGAUAACUCAGUCCUUGCAAGUAGAUGCGCAGAAUGGGGGAGGGAAAACGGCGCGUAUCAUGUUGGAAAAUGGGGACAUGAAGGGCAGAAGGAGCUAUAUAUACACGCAGCAUUCAUUAAGAGUUACAAUCAUUGGUACACGUGGCCAGGCCAUGACAGAUGGGAAUGUGAUGACAGUAGGAACGAUUUGACGCGCGGCGACUUUUGGAAGAUUUAUGUCCGUUAA